AUGAUACUAGAUUCGGAGGAAGAGGAGUUGAUCGAGAUCGUGAAGUUUUUCGAGGAAGAGGUAGAGGAAAAGGAAGAGGAAGCAAAUUAUGCUGAGCUUGAGGAUGAAGAAGAAAUCUUGUUGAUGUCAUAUGUGGAGCUCAAUCAAUCAAGGAAGGAAGAUGUUUGGUUCCUUGAUUCGGGAUGUAGCAAUCAUAUGUGUGCAAACAAGGAAUGGUUCUCAGAUUUUGACGAGGAAUUUCAACAAUCUGUGAAGCUUGGAAAUAAUUUCAAGAUGACGGUGUGGGAAAAGGUAACAUCAGAUUGCAAGUUGCUAGAGUCACUCAUCCGCAAGGUGUGUUUAUAUUUUCUUGCUGAAAAGUUUGAAGCCCUUACUAUCUUUAAGAGUUUCAAAAAUCAUGUUGAGAAAGAGAUUGGAGAUUUUAUUCGUUGUCUACGCACAGACAGAGGUGGAGAGUUCACCUCUCUCGAGUUCAACAAUUUUUGCAAAACUAAUGGUAUCAGUAGACAACUUACUACAGUCUACACUCCCCAACAAAAUGGUGUAGCUGAGGGCAAGUACAGAACAAUUAUGAACAUGGUUAGAAGUAUAUUAUCAGAGAAGCAAGUUCCAGAGAAUUUCUGGCCAGAAGCAGUAGACUGGACAAUGCAUGUGCUCAAUAGAAGUUCUAUAGUGGUAGUGAAAGAUAUGACUCCUGAGGAGGCUUGGAGUGGCGUAAAACCUAAUGUUGAUUAUUUUCGAGUUUUUGGGUGCAUUGGGCAUGUUUAUGUAUCAGACAAUAAGAGAAAGAAGUUAGAUGAUAAAAAUAGUAAUAUAAAGGGAAGUGAACAUGACCUAAGUGAGGAAGAAUCUAAAGAGGAGAUAAUAGCAGAAGAAGAAGGAGACGUUAGUAUAUCUUCCAGUGAGUCAUCUGAAUCAAAUUCCUCAGCAUCUGAAGAAAGCACUCUCGAAGUGAGAAACAAAAGAGCACCAUUAUGGAUGGAAGAUUAUGUGAGCGGGAGAGAAUUUUCUAAAGAAGCUGAGAACAACAAUUUAGUUCUAUUAACCUCAAGUACAGAUCCGACUACCUUUGAAGAAGUUGUUCAAAGUUCAAAAUGGAGAGCUGCAAUGAACUUGGAGAUAGAAGCCAUCGAACGAAAUUAG